CCCGGACUGAGCAGCUGCAGGGCGAGGAGAGAGAUUCAUCCAAGCCCGCUCUGUGCCCAGCCCAGGUGAUGGAGAGAGAACUCCUGUAAACUCUGGAGUCAGCAGAGCGGCAUGGCCUGCACUGCCAGUCUGCUGGAGCCUGUCCAAUGAGGGGAAAACCCAGUCGUAAGGGAUCACGGAGCACCAGGGACCCACUUCGGAGAAAGAAAAAUUAAAGAUGGCCGAUGGGAUGAUGAGUGAAAACAAGGAGGUAAAUUCACUGCUGGAAGGUCCUGAGCCAGGGGACGCGCAUGGGAUGUUACUGGGAAGAUCCAGAGGGAACUUUAGCCAGAGCUGUGAGCAUGAGAAAGCCUGUGGAAAUCAGGGCCGGUCAGAGAGACAGCUGGGAAACCAGCCAGAGAAAGAAGUGGGUCGGUUUAAUGUGGCGGAGGAUGCAAGGAACUCAACGAAACAACAGCCCAGCAGAGAAGCAACAUGGGAAAGAGAAAAAAACACGUGUGCCGAGUGUGGGAAAAGCUUCAGUCGGCGCUCUCACCUUAUUUCCCAUAGAAGAAUCCACACGGGUGAGAAACCCUAUAAAUGCCUGGUUUGUGGGAAAAGCUUCAGUCAGAGCUCAAACCUUAUUUCCCACAGAAGAAUCCACACAGGAGAGAAGCCCUAUAAAUGCCUCAUCUGUGAGAAAAGCUUCAUUCAGAGCUCACAACUCAACAGACAUGAGAGAACGCACACGGGCGAGAAACCCUACACAUGCGUUGAGUGCGGGAAAAGCUUCAUUCAGAGCUCGGAUCUUCUUUCCCAUCAGAGAAGCCACACAGGAGACAGACCCUACAAAUGCCCCGUCUGUGGGGAAAGUUUUGAUCGGAGAACACAGCUUAUUAUCCAUCAGAGAAUCCAUUCCGGAGAGAAACCUUACCAAUGCCUCAUCUGUUGGAAAAGCUUCAAUCAGAGCUCCAACCUCAUUUCGCACCAGAGAAUCCAUAUGGGAGAGAGACCGUAUAAAUGCUCUGACUGUGGGAAAAGAUUCAAUCGGAGUUCGCACCUUAUGCGACACAAGAGAACCCACGCAGGAGAUAAAUGCCCCGCGUGGGGGAAAAGUUUCGACCAGAACUCAGAUCUUAUUACGCAUCAGAAAAUCCACACAGGAGAGAGACCCUAUAAAUGCCUGGACUGUGGGAAAAGUUUUGAUUGGCGUUCACACCUGGUUAUACACCAGAGAAAUCACACGGGAGAGAAUCCUUAUAAAUGUGUGGACUGCGGGAAAAGUUUCAGUUGGCGCUCAAACCUUAUUACACACCAGAGAAUCCACACUGGCGAACGCCCUUUUAAAUGCCUUGAGUGUGGGAAAAGAUUCUGUCAGAGCUCAGAUCUUUUUUCACAUCAGAGAACUCACACGGGAGAGAGACCCUAUAAGUGCUCGGACUGUGGGAAAAGGUUUAGCGACAGCUCGACCCUCAUUAAACAUAGGAGAAUCCACACAGGAGAAAAACCCUAUACGUGCCAGGUCUGCGGGAAAAGCUUCAGUCAGAGCUCCACCCAUACUCGACAUCAGAGACUCCACAGGGGAGAAAAACCUUGAAUGUGGGGGAAGGAUCUUUCGGGGCACAGGUUGUCGGAGGCAUCAGCAAAUCCACAAAGGAAAGAGACCUCUUAGAUCUCAUUAACAUAUAAAAUACUACAAGGGGAGCUCACACCAUACUGGACAUCAGAGACUCCUGCACGCAGGAGAGAAAUUCUCUCUGGGCACAGUAAAGAGACCAGAUAUUUCCUAUUUCCCACACACGUCAGGGGCGUUUGGCCCCCAAGUAUCCAGCUGCCCGUGUCUGGGGUGAGGACCCAGGAGCAGCCAAUCGUGAGCAUAUCACUUACACUGCUCCGUUCAUGAGCAAACUGAGUUUUACGCUCAUCUACUCCCCCCCCUCUGGGGACAGAUUGUCUCAUCCCCUGUUAUUCUCCUGUUGCUGUGGGUUGUGCUGAAGGGGAGAACUCUUUUGCUGUUGUUUUGUUGUGGGGAGGGGAGUUAGUACCUUUCCUAAAACCCGAAUGGAUAGAGUGGGAGGGAAUGACUCCAUAACCUGUUGGUCAGGGCAUAGGCACCGACUUCCUCUCUACCUGGUGGGGGGGUGCUUGACUCCCGCCCAGGCCCAACCUCCACCCCAUCUUUUCCCACCCCUGUCCUGCCCCCUCCCCAAGAGUGCCCUUCCCCUGCUCCCUCCUCUUCCUCCGAGUGCCUCCUGCAUUCCCCAGAACAGCUGAUCCACGGCGGGCAGGAGGCGCUGGGAGGGAGGAGGAGGAGUUGGUCAGCGGGGCUGUCAGCAGGCGAGAGGCAGUGUGAGGGUGGGGGGGGGAAACUAGGCUGCCGGUGGGUGCUUAGCACCCACUAGUGUUGCUGGAGCACCCACGGAUUUGGCGCCUAUGGGUCAGGGACCUGUGAGACCUGGUCCCCCUGCUCCAAAGCCUCUUUCAUUACUCAUAUGCAGCAGAACAGCUUCAACAGGAGAGACUAAAGAAGCCCCAUAUCCGGAGAUCCCAUAGGUUGGUGAUCGCUCUCCCGUGGGAGAACCCUGUUCAAAUCCUCUCUCUCUCCCUCAGCCAGAGGGUGGAAUCCAACCGGGGUCUCCCACAUCCCAGGUAAGUGCUCUUACCACUGAGCUAAUAGGUGGGUCGCACCACUGCCUCCUCCUCAGGCCAUUAUGUGUGGAGAGAGACGGGUGUCUAAUACACUCUCACAAGAAUGGACAUAGGUGCCUAAGCCACAUGUCUGCAAGAGAGGGGUUAAAGCCAGACUGCGGAUCAUGAGCAGAGAUAGGCCCUUGUCUCUGGCAGAGGGGAGGGACUGAGGACACACCCCUUUCAUCAGCACCUCCCAUUGGCUAGCUUAGGUGGCUCCCCUUGGAGCAUGGAUCGCAUUCUUGGGCACCUCUCUCUCCCCAUUCAUCAUGCUUAAGUCAGGUUCUACGAAUGUCAUGGUUGUUCCAGGAAUUUUCCUGGUGCCUAGAAGUCAGGGUGUUGUGAUGCUGAGCAGGGUCGAGCUGGGUCUAGAAUGUGGUCCGGACAGGAUCGGUUCAUGGGCCCACGCUAUUUAACGUUUUUAUUAAAGACCUGGAAGAAAACAUAAACUUAUCACAGAUAAAGUUUGCUGAUGACACAACUAUUAGGGGAGUGGGAAAUAAUUAAAAGGACAGGUCGCUGACACAGGGCGAUCUA